GGAAGUUGCAAAUUCUUUUCUCACCAUUUCGGCACUGCUCAGCUUCACAAAAGCGGAUCCCAUCAGGAACGCAUAUGAAUGAGUGGACGUGGGGAACGCCAUUCUGCAAUUUAGAGCAGAGCCUGCUCAGUGCUCGCCCUGUGCAGCCAAGAAACGAAAAUGCCUGCGGGAUCUGCAUGGUGUCACCCUGCUUUGCUAUUGCUUCUCUCCUCCGCACCUCUGUGGGCAGCUGAGAUUUCCUGCAGGAAUGAAGACGGGGAGACAGUUGAUUGGUUUGCUCUUUACAAGUUGCCAAAACAUGCCAAAGGAGAGAUUCCCAUGCUGGGGCUGGAAUACAUGUACAUGGACGCCCUGGCUCCACAGUGGCAGCUCAGUAAAUACCUCAUCAACAUGACACAGGGUGCUCUGGGACAAACACUGAAGCAGCUGUACGAGACAUACGAAUCCAAGAGGAACAGUGUUGCAUAUGCGAUAUACAACGAUGAGGUCCCUGAAUCAGACUCCGACGGGUGGAAAAGAGGACAUACCAAAGGAUUUCUGCUCUUGGACAAAUCACAAGGCUUCUGGGUGAUUCACAGUGUGCCCCUGUUCCCUCCCAUCCCUGAGGAUGGUUAUGGGUAUCCAGCUACUGGGGAGUCGUACGGACAGACGGCCAUCUGUAUAACCUUCAAAUAUGACCAGUUCACAGAAAUAGACCAACAGAUGCUGAGUUAUAAUCCAGGAAUCUACAGCUGUUCCAUUCCUAACAUCUUCCAAGCUGAUCUCCCAAAUCUGCAGAAGCUCUGUGCAGGGUCCAGGUUGCCCUCGGUCCCCUUGCGCCACCUCUCCAAGCUCCAGUCAGCUCACGGGGAAAUCUUUCUCCACUUUGCAAAGUCACACUUGUUCAUAGAUGAUAUCUACGUGGCCUGGAUGGCUCAGGAACUGAAGACCGAUUUGUUGGCUGAAUCCUGGCAGCAUUCCGGCCAAAAACUUCCCUCAAAUUGCUCUCUUGACUACCAUGUCUACAACAUAAACCUAAUAGGGAUGCCACUGAAUUCCACCUUUUAUUCCAUUAACGAUCAUUCCAAAUGGGCUGUUUCAAGGGAAUACAAAGAUCAGUGGACCUGCAUCGGAGACUUAAACCGUGCUGCUGAGCAAGCUUGGAGAAGCGGUGGGUUCGUCUGUACACAGAACGAACACAUCUACAAAGCCUUCAGGCAUUUGAUAAUCCACUACGAAAGUUGCACUGAUGCUUCCACAUUGAUAUAACGAACCAUUCCUCCCAAACAGCACAACCCCUCGUUACACAGAAAGUGUAGGAAAUGUCUCCCUUAAACUAUAUUUUCACUCUGAAAAAUGGCCCUGUGAGUUGCCUGAUGUGUUAGACCUUCACCUUGUUAGCUAUAAAAGCAGGCAGUUUGCAGAUAAAUUACGGCUGUUUUUCUCUGGGUGCCAGACCAGCUGGCUCUGUGUGUGCUGAGCCACACUCUACUCUCUCCCCGGCUCCUCUCGCCAUUGGCGCUGAGACAGGAUGCUGCUGCACAGGGCUGAACCAAAGCUCAUCGCUGUGAGCGACCGUGCACGGGUGUCCCCAGGGGAACUUGUGAGUGACGCUGGACAUGGGAUGGGAGGAACAACAGAAACCUGUCUCAUUAGCUAGGUUGUUGGGGCUGGGCAGUUAGCAAAAGUACCAAAAUGCUUCAAAAUCGCCCCAUGUUCCAGGCACUGCUGAGAUCAAUCACAGCAUUUCUGCUCAGUUUGGGCUGAAUCUCUUAAAGACCUGACAUAAUUGGAUACAGACAGGGAGAUGAGUAGAUCUGUGGACAGGAAGGCUUCAUUUUUACAUGAUUAAUUUUUAGAGAAGAAAUGAGCUUUAAAUAAUUUGUAACCAAUAGCUUGGGAGUAUUUCUAGUGCUUUUAUUCAUGUACAGCAAUCUUAUAAACAAAUAAAUGUGUCCAAAAUAUGAAUAAGCAAAAUAAAUUAAGAGCAAAAAUGGUUUGUUCACAGUCUCCCUCUUCCAUCUUUAUAGUUAUUUGUGGUUAGUUACAAUGUUUUAUAGCUGCCAAAGGAUAAAUGGAGACAAUUAGGAAAAAAAAUAAAGAGAAGAGAAUAUUUGAAGGAAGAUGUUAUUUCACCUACAUUUUCACACUACAACAAACGUGGGUGUUAAUUUUCAGUACCUCCAGUCUCAGGCUUAUGACCUAAAGUUUCCAUAGACUUGCUAUAAAGACAAAGCUAAUUUGCAAAAUCCUGAUACACUCCUGGGUUCAGAUUUCAAAAGUGUACAGGUAUUUAAUAUGUUCCUAAAUAUAUUUAUAGGGUUAUAUCUCACUUGUAUUUUUUUUUCCUGAAUUGCUAAUAUAAACUCCAGUCUGAAAAGCUGGCUGUCCCACUAAUAUUUCUGUUUUGCUGUGUUCAUAGUCCAUACCACUGAUUCUUCACAACAGUGUCUUAAAAAGAAGUAGAUAUAAAGAAAUGCCCCACAACCGCAAGAAGUUGUUGAAGAUUUCCUUCCCUUUUCACCCUGAAAAAUCAACCAAAUGACAAAGUGUACGAAGUAUCAAACAAAUUAAUUUCAGAAAACACUUGUGCAUACUUUUGGAACAAAUAAUGUAUCUGGCCUGCUUAAUGAGGAGAAUUGUGCAGGAAUAGAUUUCAUAUUUAGUCAGUCUGGACUGAAGGCAAACCCAAGUCUCAUAGCUCAGUGAAAAUAAUGCUUAGAUAUUCUGCAUGAAAUAGGUCUUUUUUUUUUCCCGGCGUAUGACCAAAUAACAUUUAAUAAAUAAUUUGCUUGAUAAUGUU